UGGUUAAUGUACAAUGAAAAAAGGGAAGCUCCAGAAAAAUUAAGAAAUUUAUUGAAUAAUGAUAUAAUAGUAAAAAUUGAGGGGGAAUUUAAACAUUGCAAUCAUUCGAUAUAUUUAAAUGGUUCAAAAAUUAUAAGACCAAAUAUGAAGUGCCACAAUGGAGUUGUGCAUAUAGUAGAUAAGCCCAUCAUUUUUUAA